UGGAUCCCAGACAGACCGCGUAUCACAGUGCAACACCAAAUAACGUGUAAGCAAGGAAAUGCAUGGUCCCUGUUUAUAAAUGAGACGUGCAUUUUUUCAAAUAGAUAUUUAUUUAACUUUAAAAUAGACUUUUAUCUCUAUUUGCGAGCGAGCUAUGGAUGUGCAGGUUGCAGACCGCAGCAGCAUCAAGUCUGCGCCGACAACAAACAGCCCGCAGAAUAACACCUCACAGACCGCCACACAAAAUGCACCAAAGAAGAGGAGGAGAGGCAAAAGAGGGAAGAGACGCAGGGGCAAGAAGGCCAACGAGCCUCCGUCGUUUUUACCACCGGAGGCUGAAGAGGGAAACAUUGAAUACAAGUUGAAGCUAGUGAACCCUACACAGUAUCGGUUUGAACACUUGGCCACUCAGUUGAAAUGGCGACUUCAGGAGGGCCGCGGGGAGGCGGUGUAUCAGAUUGGGGUUGAGGAUAACGGUCUGCUGGUUGGACUAACAGAGGAAGAUAUGAAAGCAUCACUGAAGACCCUUCGCAGAAUGGCCGAGAAGGUUGGAGCUGAUAUCACACUCCUCAGAGAGAGGGAAGUGGACAGUGAUCGAGCUCGACGGAAAAUCGCAGAGGUUCUUGUGCGGAAAGUUCCGGAUGACCAGCAGUUCCUGGAUCUACGUGUUGCUGUUCUGGGAAACGUGGACUCAGGGAAGUCGACUCUGCUGGGCGUGUUGACUCAGGGCGAGCUGGAUAACGGGCGAGGCAGGGCGAGACUCAACCUCUUCAGACACCUGCAUGAGAUUCAAACCGGCCGGACAUCCAGCAUCAGUUUCGAGAUCCUCGGCUUCAACAGUAAAGGAGAGGUUGUAAAUUAUAGUGAUUCACGAACAGCAGAUGAGAUCUGUGAGAGCUCUUCGAAGAUGAUCACAUUUAUUGAUCUGGCUGGUCAUUAUAAGUACUUGAAGACCACCAUAUUCGGAUUGACAAGCUACUGUCCAGACUUUGCCAUGCUGGUGGUAGGGGCAAACACUGGCAUUGCUGGCACAACAAGGGAGCACCUGGGUUUGGCGAUGGUGCUGAAGAUGCCCAUAUUCAUUGUGGUGAGUAAGGUGGACCUGUGCGGCAAAAGCACCGUGGAGAAAACCGUCCGUCAACUGGAGAGAGUUCUCAAACAGCCCGGCUGCAACAAGGUCCCGAUGGUGGUGGCCAACCCUGAUGACGCCGUCACCGCCGCACAGCAGUUUGCACAAUCCACCAGUGUGACGCCCAUCUUCACCCUCUCCAGUGUAUCUGGGGAGAGUCUGGAUCUUCUGAAGGUCUUCUUCAACAUUCUGCCUCCUCUGAGCAACAGCAAAGAGCAGGAGGAACUCAUGCAGCAGCUCACAGAGUUCCAGGUAGAUGAGAUUUACAAUGUGCCAGAUGUUGGGACUGUAGUUGGUGGGACGCUGUACAGUGGUGUGUGUCGUGAAGGAGACCGGUUGGUUGUGGGCCCUACAGACGACGGGAGGUUCUUGAGGUUGAAAGUGUGCAGUAUUCACAGAAAUCGCUCCGGAUGCCGCGUCCUGAGAGCCGGACAGGCCGCCACUCUCGCUCUGGGAAUCUUUGAUCGCUCAUUACUACGAAAGGGCAUGGUAAUGGUGAGUCCUAAGAUGAAUCCUACGAUCUGCUGGCAGUUUGAGGCCGCGAUCGUUCUCCUGUUCCACGCCAAAACGUUCCGCUGUGGUUUCCAGGUCACGGUGCACGUGGGGAACGUGAGGCAGACCGCAACAGUUGAGUGCCUCCUUGGGAAGGAGGAGCUCCGUACUGGAGAGAGAGCCGUGGUGUGCUUCAGAUUCUUAAAGCACCCCGAAUAUUUACAUGUGGGAGCCAAGCUGCUCUUCAGGGAAGGGGUGACCAAAGGCAUCGGACAUGUCACACACCUUCGACCCUCGACCCAGAACCACGUGCCUGAUCAGAACCACAACCAGAACCACAGUUAGAUACUCUAUAUGUCCAAACAGGGCACAUGACUGCAGUCACAUCCUGUCUUUGCCUUGAGAUUGUAUACCCUAGUUUUAUCAUGCACCUUCAUUUUCACACUCAGAUUAGCAAGAGGCUUUGCUACUUUAAUCAUAGAUUUGCCUAUAUUAAUCGCGGAUUUUCUCGUGUGUAAUUGCUAUUGGCUCCUUUGACAUUUUGAUGUAAUGUUUGGUGAAAUUUUUGACGUCAACAAUAAAGGAUAGAAAAUGUUUUCUUCCUGUGGAAAGUUGAUUACCGUAGCCUAUAUAUUUUGCUAUCCUAAGUAUACACGACUAUAUGGUUAGUUGCAUUUUAAUAUUUUAAUUUAGACAACUAGUUGGGAACUACUGGAUAAGGGUAUAAUAUAUAGUGUAAAGGAGCUCGGAAACGUCUCCCAUUUUCACAUAUUGUAUGUGUGCGUUUCAUGUCUUAAGUUAAAGCCGGUUGACUUUGAGUAAAGCAUGUGGGAUUUUGAGUCACUAAGCUGUGGUCUUAGCUGGGUAUCUGGAGCAAACUGCUAUAGGAACACUUUCUACAGCCUGCAGACUGUAUUAUAAGAACAUAAUUGUAGCAUUGAUUGAGAAAUCUUAAAUAUGUCAAUUUCAUAAACUUCCUGUCACAACAAAAUAAUUAAAGAAUUCUAGGGUUUUAGGAUCAGAAUACAUUUUUUUUGGUCUUGAUUUCAUUGUGUCCAUUUACAAAGUUGUAUCACUGAUAUGACUACAAAAUAUUUGCUUGUUUGUAAGCAAGGUGGAUGGUUUACAGGGUUUGACUGAAACCAUUUGGCAGCUUUGUGUGAUCUGUGUCUGUCUUGCGAUCCUACGCAUGCACAGUAAUCCAAAUAAGGGUUGUGCUGUGCGUUCUAGUUUCACUCGUGCACUCCUAUUUGAGAUAUUGUGCAAUUCUAAAAAAAACAUUGAAUGUACUGGUCAUGAAUUUAAAUGCACCAUUUUUGACUUACUGUACUAAUAAUGUGACUGCAAAUAUACAAGCAGAAAAAACACACUGACGCAACAAUGUACGUCAGAUAAGUUUUACGAACAAAUAACAAAAAUUAAUUCUGCUUGUGUUUCACAAAUGAGUUCCACUCUUUAAAUUCUCAUAAACACAGCUAUUAGUCAAAAAUGCAUGUUUGUGAUUUCACAAAUAAUAAUUAGUAUUGUCUGAAGUGCAGCUGGUUGUAUUACAUUUGGGAUGUUCAUGUAUCUUCUAAAAAGGCUUCACUGAUGCCUCGUACAGGACUAGAUAUC